AUGCCGACACGGUUCACCAAGACUCGCAAGCACCGUGGCCACGUCUCGGCCGGUCACGGUCGUGUUGGCAAGCACCGCAAGCACCCCGGUGGUCGCGGUCUCGCUGGUGGUCAGCACCACCACAGGACCAACUUCGAUAAGUACCACCCUGGUUACUUCGGUAAGGUUGGUAUGCGCCGCUUCCACCUUACGCGUAACCUCCAAUGGCGCCCCAUCAUCAACAUCGACAAGCUCUGGACGCUUGUCCCCGCGGAGGAGAAGGAGGGCCUCACCGAGAGCUCGGAUGUUGUGCCGGUCAUCGACACACUCCAGCACGGGUACGGCAAGAUCCUGGGCAACGGACAGCUGCCCAAGCUCCCCUUCAUCGUAAAAGCGCGUUACGUCUCGAAAAAGGCGGAAGCGAAGAUCAAGGAGGCGGGCGGUGUUGUCAAGCUGAUCGCAUAG